AAUUCUGUGACAUUAUAUCUUAAACAUUAAAAGAUUUCAGAUGUUCAAAAUGACACGAAUCCAGGAGAGAAAUGUUGCAGUAGUUGAAAUAACGAAUUUAUAAUAUCAGUCUAGAUAAUUGUACUAAAUGAACAAUAUAAAUCUUUUAGCAUCAAACAUUUUAAAGAUUUGAAUUACCUGUUAAACACUUAAAAAAUAUAUAGUAAUUUUGAAAAAUAUAAUAAAUUUUCGUCCUAAUUAAAUAAUAUAUUCGUACAAGAGUUUAAAAAUAUUGAUACAGAAAUUUUAGAAAACUUUUAUUAUAAUGAUUUUAACAAUUUUAAUGGGCAAUGUUGUUAUUUUAAUGAUAGCGGUUGUAUAUAUAUUAAUAACUGCUCUGACUUUUUUAUUCAACAUUACGAUAAAUAUCAGAAAAAUAUUAAAAACUUUUUUUGUAAAGAAUUAAACAAUUUUAAAAAAGCAUAUAAUAAUUAAAUGAGUAAUGUAACAUCUUUUCCUGGUGUACCACAAAUUUUACCACCUCCAAGAAUAAAUUAUGUAUUUGUUGCCAGUUUAACAAAAGCUGCAGUAUUACUAACAACUUUCACCUUAUUUUUUUUAUAUAAGGUUAAUUAAAAUUUUAAUUAAUAAUGUGAAUAAUGUAUAACAAUACGUAUAAUUCAUUUUCGCACGAAGUUAUCAAAAAAGAAAAUAAAGCUUUUAAGUACAUAUAUAUGUUUUUUUUUCAUAUAUAUUUGUCCAAUGAAAUCAUAUCUACGUAUUCGUUUAAAAAAAAUAAAAUAAAAUAAACUUAAAAAAGUUGAAAUAUAAACAACAGAAUUCCUACAAAACAUCCAUAAUGGACAAAAUAUAAAUUAUGAAAGAAGUUUACAUAAUAUAUGCUAUCAG